AUGGCCCAACAAUAUGCCAAGGAUCAGCCUGCAGGCUUUGUCAAUCGCAUUGAGAGAGUUGCGAUUGUAGGAAUCGGUGGCCGGAUCGGAAGUCACUUCGCAGAAGCUCUCUUGAAAACAGGAAAACAUACAGUGACAGCUCUCGUCCGAGCUGAGUCGAAGAGUGUGCUUCCAAAUGGCGUCAAAGCAGCUCCAAUCAAUUACGACGACGAAGAAACCUUGGUAGCUGCUCUUCAAGGACAGCAAUUCCUUGCUAUCACUCUGUCGGUCUCUGCCCCUCCAGAUGCACACUCCAAGUUGGUGAAGGCUGCAGCAAAAGCAGGUGUGCCAUAUGUCAUGCCCAACAUUUAUGGCAGCGACGUCUUCAACGAGCGUCUCAUGAAAGAUCGCAUCUAUGACGUGGAUUCACGAUACAAGGAGAUCGAGAGCUUGGGCGUCAGCUCUUAUGUCAUACUAGUUUGUGGCUUUUGGUAUGAAUGGAGCUUGGCAUGCCCUCCGCCAUGGUUUGGAUUCGAUGUCAAGAACAAAAAGGUGACAUUCUUCGACGAUGGAAAGACUCGCAUCAAUGUCAGUACUUGGCUUCGAUGCGGAAGUGCUCUUGCCGGUUUGUUGAGCUUGAAAGAACUUCCCGAGGAUGAGAACGACAAGUCGCCAACUGUCUCGAAGUGGAAGAACAAGGCUUUGUACAUUGAUAGUUUCAAGGUCAGCCAGCGUGAUAUGCUGGAUAGUAUUCACAGGAUCACUGGAACGACUGACAAGGAUUGGGAGAUUGAUUCUGAGCCAAGUAUCACGCGCUACGAGAAUGGGAAGGCGGAGAUGAAGAGCGGAGUCAGAACUGGGCUUGCCAAGCAGAUGUAUUCUCGUAUCUUCUUUCAGAACGGAGAUGGAGAUUAUGAGUCCACUAGAGGUUUGGACAAUGAGUUGCUUGGGUUGCCGAAGGAUGAUUUGGACGAGGCUACCAAAAGAACUUUGGAUAUGGUGGAGAGUGGAUGGAGUCGGACAGGAUAGGAGGGGUUCAUUUGUGUAGAUGACAGUGCCUGCAGUAUGAAGUUUUCCUGUC